CGAUCAAUAAAGGGGCGGAGGGGUGAAUGAAGUGUCAUAAGCAAAUCGGGCAGACGUGGGACGGAUUAGCGGUAGGAAAGAACACGAUUUUACGCGCCACCGUGUAGUGUGUAGCCACCGUUGGUUUAGCGUGUUAAGCUGCAGUUCGAGACUAGCAGACGAGAGACGAGAUUAGGUUCAGUGCUAUGGAUCGCAUGGAACAAAAAAAAGAGGAUUUAUACGUUACUUGGAGGAGAUAAAUGAAUUUAAGGACUCAUAUUCAGGCUCUGUGAUUGAAUAACUAACUUCAAAUAUGUAGAUUAGUUAAUUUUUUUGCUAUUUUUGAAAAGUUUUUUUUUGGACAAAAUAAUUGGUCAACAAAUAAACUAACAAUUUGUAAAAAAAAAAAAAACAAGAAAAAAAAAAAAAAACAAACUUAAUUUUUUUGCUAUUUUUGAAAAGUUUUUUUUUGGACAAAAUAAUUGGUCAACAAAUAAACUAACAAUUUGUAAAAAAAAAAAAACAAGAAAAAAAAGAAAAAACAAACUUCUAUCUUAUCAUAAAAUGAAGUCGAUAGUUUUCCACCAAUGAUGACAUGAAAGAAAAUAUCAACAGCAAGUGACUUCAAAAAGCCACCUUCAUUAGUUGACUGAUUUCAAAACGGAACGUGUUUAUUGAUUCUGACUUAUUAAAGACAGAUGGUCCAACUGACGUCAUAGUGUGUCACCCGUUAUUAUCAUGUACAGAGACGUAUUGGAAUAAAUACACAGAUGAAUGGUGUGUACUUUCGGGAGCUUGAUUUGGCGUUGUUGUUUUAUUUUUUAAAAUGUUGAAACACAAGCGACUCGUCAAAUAGAAGCAAUUAGAAGAAGAAGAAGAGUUGAUCACGUUGCGGGCGGUCACUCUAGGAAAUGAGUGUAGAGUUGAACAUGGUAAGUGUUAACACAAAAGACGUUGUAGUAGAUUAUCAUUUCUUUAUGUCCUUCUUCAUCAUACUCCCAGUACCCGUCUAUGUCGUACUUUACCAAACUCCCACUACCUUCUAUGUAUCACUUUACCAUACUCCCAUAACCCGUCUAUGUCUCACUUUACCAUACUCCCACUACCUUCUAUGUAUUACUUUACCAUAUUCCCACUACCCGUCUAUGUCUUACUUUACCAUACUCCCACUACACGUGUAUGUCUUACUUUACCAUACUCCUACUACCUGUCUUUGUAUUACUUUACCAUAAUCCCACUACCCGUCUAUGUAUUACUUUACCAUACUCCCACCACCUGUCUAUGUAUAACUUUACCAUACUCCCACUACCCGUCUAUGUAUUACUUUACCAUACUCCCACUACCCGUCUAUGUAUUACUUUACCAUACUCCCACCACCUGUCUAUGUAUUACUUUACCAUGCUCCCACUACCUGUCUAUGUAUUGCUUUACUAUACUCCCACUACCUGUCUAUGUAUUACUUUACCAUACUCCCACUACCCGUCUAUGUAUUACUUUACCAUACUCCCACUACCGUCUAUGUAUUACUUUACCAUACUCCCACUACCCGUCUUUGUAUUACUUUACCAUACAUUACCAUGCUCCCACUACCUGUCUAUGUAUUGCUUUACUAUACUCCCACUACCUGUCUAUGUAUUACUUUACCAUACUCCCACUACCCGUCUAUGUAUUACUUUACCAUACUCCCACUCCCGUCUAUGUAUUACUUUACCAUACUCCCACUACCCGUCUAUGUAUUACUUUACCAUACUCCCACUACCUUCUAUGUAUUACUUUACCAUACUCCCACUACCCUUCUAUGUAUUACUUUACCAUACUCCCACUACCCUUCUAUGUAUUACUUUACCAUACUCCCACUACCCGUCUAUGUAUUACUUUACCAUACUCCCACUACCCAUCUAUGUAUUACUUUACCAUACUCACACUACCCGUCUAUGUAUUACUUUACCAUACUCCCACUACCUUUCUAUGUAUUACUUUACCAUACUCCCACUACCCGUCUAUGUAUUACUUUACCAUACUCCCACUACCCUUCUAUGUAUUACUUUACCAUACUCACACUACCCUUCUAUGUAUUACUUUACCAUACUUCCACUACCUUCUAUGUAUUACUUUACCAUACUCCCAGUACCCGCUAUCCAAGUCUUAUUUAAUACAUUUUCUGGCAAAUUAUUUGGGUAUGGAUUUGAGUAUAUUAUUUAUUCAUACGAUUCAUAAAUAUUAUUCAUACAAUGAUUCAUAGAUAUUUUUCAUGCUCAUUAUUCAUACAUAUUAUUCAAAAAUAUUGUUCAUACAUGUUAUUCACACACAUUAUUCUUGUAUAUUAUUGGGGAAAAUUAUUGAAGCAUAAUAUCUGCUCAUAAUAUUGGGACAUAUACAAUGGACGAUUCAUUAUCUUUAAACACAAAGAUGUUUAGAUAUGGAUCUAUUGAUGGUGAGAGAAAAUUCGUUAAAUUAGAUAAACAAAUGUCUAUUUUCUAAAAUGUCCAAGCUCCACAUAAAUAUAUAUGAUAUAAUAUAAUCUGUAAUCCUAAACUUACUUAGGUUAAUCCUUUAUCAUACUUAAAACACGGACAAAAUAAGUUUAGCUAAAUAGUUAACUUCACCCAACGUUUAUAAUAAUCUCGCAAUGCACUUUUGUGAUGUACUCGUUCAGGUAGAUUCUUCAUCUUAUUAUAGAAUAAAGUCAUUGUUUUGACCUUAAUAACUAGAUAUAUGCAAACUAAUAACGCUAUUUUGUUUAGUGUGAAAAUAUUUUUGGACAAAUUAAUUGGUCAACUAUUUUAUAGGUCAUAUACUUUAGCUGCUUGCAUUUUUUAACGCAGAGAACCGCUGAACUAAUAUAUUAAAGAUGGAUGGUUCAACUUACGCCGUACUGGGUCACUCGUUAUUUUACUGUCACCAAAGAACUGGAAUAGUUUCUCUGUAACAAGGGUCAGUUACAAAGUAAAAAAUAAAAGAUUGAAUUGAUGAAUAAUAUUGCAAGAAAAAAUUAGGUCCGAAUCCUCUAAUAAAUGUUCAAAAGUUUAAUCCCAGAGUCCUAGAGACUGGUUUUGUGCCGGCUUUAUCGGUUGUUAUGAUGCUAGAACAGCACCCAGAUGACCACAGAAUAAAAACCGCUCAAACAUAAUUUUAUUUCUAUCCACAGCCAGAAGCUAAACAUUAUGACACAAAAAGUAAAGUCGCUGUCUGUAAGUAACGACAUUUUCAGUAGGCUUCCAACUUUCAAUUUCUUGAGGCAUUUCAUGUGAAAUCAAGCCAUUUCAUAUCAUAAUAUUAUAUGUAUACCGUUAUAUUUUUUAGGAUGAAUAUUUUAGAAUUUAAAUUAACCAAAUUCAUCUCUUAAUAAUAUAAAGAUUAUUGGCUGCAUAAAGGGCCAGAUUAUUGGCUGCACACAGGGCAAGAUUAUUGGCUGCAUAAAGGGCCAGAUUAUUGGCUGCAUUCAUGACCAGAUUAAUGAUGGCACACAGGUCCAUAUUAUUGGUUGCACUCAGAGCCAGAUUAUUGGUGGCACUAAGGGCCAGAUUAUUGUUUGCUCUCAGGGUCAGAUUAUUGGUUGCACCCAGGGCAAGAUUAUUGGCUGCACACAGGGCCAGAUUAUCGGCUGCACUCAGGGCCAGAUUAUUGGUUGCACGCAGGGCAAGAUUAUUGGCUGCAUAAAGGGCCAGAUUAUUGGUUGCUCACAGGGCCAUAUUAUUGGUUGCAUGCAGAGCAAGAUUAUUGGCUGCGAAAAGGGUCAGAUUAUUGGUUGCACUCAAAGCCAUAUUAUCGGCUGCACACAGGGCCAGAUUAUUGGCUGCGAAAAGGGCCAGAUUAUUGGCUGCACUCAGGGUCAGAGUUUUGGCUCACUAAGGAUCAGAUUAUUGGCUGCACUAAGAAUCAGAUUAUUUGCUGCACUAAGGAUGAGCUUAUCGGCUGCACUCAGGGCCAGAUUUUUGGCUGCACUCAGGGCUAAAUUAUUGGCUGCACCAAGGACCAGAUUAUUGGCUGCACUCAGGGCCAGAUUAUAACUUUGGCCUCCAAGGAAUAACGAACAAAAAGAGCCAAUGGUUAUUUAAUACAGCACUAUUUAAUACAAUACUAUUUAAUACAACAUUAUGUAACACAACACUAUUAAACACAACAUUAUUUAACACAACACUAUUUAAUACAAUAUUAUGUAACACAACACUAUUAAAUACAACUUUAUUUAGCACAACACUAUUUAACACAACACUAUUUAAUACAACAUUAUUUAGCACAACACUAUUUUACACAACAUAUUUAAUGCAACACUAUUUAACACAAAACUAUUUAACACAACACUAUUUAUCACAGUAUUUAAUACAACACUAUUUAACGCAACACUAUUUAACACAACACUAUUCAACAAACACUAUUUAACACAACACUAUUUAACACAACACUAUUUAACAUAACACUAUUUAACACAACACUAUUUAACACAACACUAUUUAACACAACACUAUUUAACACAACACUAUUUAACACAACAUAUUUAAUGCAACACUAUUUAACACAACACUAAAACCAAACAGCAGCAGGGGCCUUCCAGAGGUCACGUGACGGCACUUGGAUUGCACGAAUUCUUUGAAUGGAAUAAAACUAAGAGUUGGUUAAAAUAUAUGAGGAAAGCAAUCAAUUUGAAGACGAAUGAGGAAUAAAAGAGUUGCACUAUAAUUCUCACCAAAAAUCCCACCCCACCUCCCUUUUUCCCCCCAGUGACAUGGCUGACAGUCGUAUCUGCUGUUGGAAUCAUCAAAAUUGUUGUUGGUAAGUUCUUAAAAAGAAAUUAUGGCAUAAUGUUAAGUCUAUUUAUCAUAAUGAGAACGGUUGGAUGUGUACACACCUGCAUGGCUAGCUUGAAAGACAAAGCGUAAUGUGGCGCAUAUUACUCCUCAUCCUCAUGUCCCUUAGUCCUUGGACCGUUGGGCGCCACAGAUGACAUGUGAACCAUCCUCCUCCAUUCCUCUCUGUCUUCAGCACUACGCACUGCAUCGCCCAGUGUUAGUACUGUCCACUCUUUGAUGUUAUCCUCCCAUCUUUGUCUUUGUCUUCCUAUUCCUCUCCCUCCUCUUGUGGUGCCCUGCAAUAUUUCUUUGGCAAGCCCUUGUUUCUUUGUUACGUGGCCGUACCAUUGUAAUUUGCGUUUUUUCACAGUCAUCGUAGGUCAUCGGACUCCCCAAUUGCCUGGCGAACCCUUUCUUUUACUGUAUCAUUGGAGAUAUGGUCCCUACAGCAGAUGCCAAAAAUGCUUCUGAAGCAUCUCAUCUCCAUCGCCUUUAUUUUCUUUUCAAGAUCGGCUGUUAAUGUCCAGGAUUCGCAGGCAUACAGGAAAAUGGAGAGGACUAAUGAGCGCAUCAGCCUGAUUUUGGUGCUAGGGGCUAUAUUUUUGUAAUUCCAUAUUUUCUUGAGCCUCUUUAGUGCUGUUGUAGUCUGCGCAAUCCUGGACAUCAGUUUGGGCUUGGGGCCUUCUUCUGAGACUAUUGCUCCUAGGUAUUCUACAGUCUCUAAUCUUUCCUCCCCGACCCUAAUUUCAGUGGUGAUCCCUGCGGUAUUAUUUGUCAUCAGUUUUGUCUUUUCGGCACUGAUAAGCAUGCCGUAGGACGACGAGGUCUUAUCGAGACGCUUUACCAAGUCGGCUAGCUCUACUUCGUUCCCAGCCAGCAUGUCUACGUCGUCCGCAAAGCGUAGGUUGGUGAUUGUUCUCCCACCAAUGCUGACUGUCCCUUCAUGCGCUUCCAGAGCAUCUGGCAUAAUUCUCACUAGGAAGAUGUUGAACGGGGUGGGGGAGAGAAGGCAGCACACUACUCACCAUGCCAAUAACAUGUGCAUACAUUUUAUAAAGUCAGAUUAUAAUUUACAUGGCAGAAAUCAUCCUAAGAAAUUAUAUUUUAAGGACGUUUUUAGUUAAAUGUCGUAUUGUUACAAAAUUUAAAAUUUACGCGAAAGCUAUAAAAUAAUGAAAUAGAUAAGGAAAAAACAAGAACAUACUAAUUUGUUUCAAAGGUUUAGGCCGUAUAGAUAAAUGUUGCUUGAAAUCUGCAAAUAUCACAAACUUAAUCAACUGCUAGGCGUGGCUUACUUUCACCUCAAAGUAAUUUAUUCCUAAUAUGUCCAAGUGAUCUAUUUCUGCAAGAAUUUAAGUCUUUGAAAUUUGUACAGUCUUAAUUAAGAUGAGAAGUUAAAGUUGGCAGACAUGGAAAAAGAGCUUAGAUUUUUUUUUCCAUUUAGGUUCCUUGAACGUCAAUGACGGAUGUAUAGGUUUGUCUCUGUUGCCUUACUAUUUCCUGAUUGGUGGAAUCCUGGCCUUGCUCCCAGCAGUCCUAGCUUUCUUGACAUCCUGCCUGGGGCAGACACAGAACCUACAAGAGAUCUGGGAUCUGAUGGCAAAAGUCUUUGCCGGAUUUCUGCUUCUCAUAAUAGUCGGUAAGUAUAUUCUAUAAAUGGUCUCAUUGCAUUCUUAUAUUAUGUACUCAGUUUUACUUGACAGUUAUACUUUUUGUACAUAGCCUCACUUGACAAGUAUACUUUUUGUACAUAGUCUCACUUGGUAGAUGUAUUGUUUUCAUAUAUUCUCGAAAUGGCAAUAAAAAAAUGUGUAUAAUAUGUGAAUGAAAAGUUUAUCAUUCUUUCGGCGUAAAUUUUUUGAUUUUUCACCAAAUAGUGUACCAUGGGGUCGUUAAAAAUUACCGCAUUCAGAAAACAAAAAUGUUAAAAAUGUGUAAAACAGGUCACGUAAUGGUAGGUCACGUAAUGGUAGGUCACGUAAUGGUAGGUCACGUAAUGGUAGGUCACGUAAUGGUAGGUCACGUAAUGGUAGGUCACGUAAUGGUAGGUCACGUAAUGGUAGGUCACGUAAUGGUAGGUCACGUAAUGGUAGGUCACGUAAUGGUAGGUCACGUAAUGGUAGGUCACGUAAUGGUAGGUCAUGUAAUGGUAGGUCACGUAAUGGUAGGUCAAGUAAUGGUAGGUCACGUAAUGGUAGGUCACGUAAUGGUAGGUCACGUAAUGGUAGAAUCUGCACCUACAAGCAUUGCCACAAUGUUUGACUCCAGUCGAUGCAACAUUUCCGACUUUAUUAAUUUUUUUUUAAAUUCUCCCUGUUUUAAAUAAUUAUUUAUUAAAAAAAAAAUUUGAUUGUAUACAAUAAUUAUUAAACGUAUGAUAAAUAACUUGUGAUAGCACCAUUUUUAAUCGUUUCAGAUAAAGAUUUUCUCUUCUUCAUCUGAGCCAGGUCUUUACUACUAUUUUGAUUAAAUAGAGACUUUUGACCAUAAACCAUUUUCAGCGUAUGAUUUGAUUAUAUUCAUUCCCAUUAGAGUCAUAUGUUUAUGAUUGACAAAUGCUUCAGUUGGUCCUGUUAAACCAUCGAGACACUGUGCAUGACUUGCAAAGUUGAUCAAACGUACGCAUUUGUUUCCAGGAACAGUCUACCUCUUGACCAGCGCCGUGCGAGUGACGGGCAUGGACAGACUGUGCACUCACACUUGGGUUCCCAUCCUGGGCAUCUGUAUCAUUGCAGCUGACUGGCUGACCGUUGUGUUCUUCUAUCGCCUGUUCUGUGUUCACGAACAUGUGGCCCUGCCAGAGGGGGCACCCGUUCUGCCAUUUCAGCACGAAUCUCCUUUCCACCUCUGGAAGAUCAGGCAGCACAGGAGAUUAUACCAAUGAGGCUGUAACAAAAAAACAACAAAAACACCAUAACAACAACUUUACUAUUUAAUUUCUUUGUUAAGAGAAUGAAGAGAUGAGAGUGAAUGGAUACACAUAAAAUCAGGUGAUGUGAAUUAAGAUUUCAAAUUGUUAAUUUUUCAGAAGUGUGGAACCGAAAAUAUAGAGCUGUGGUGCCAAAGACAAUGAUGAUGUUUACGUUCUUCUUUUCAAGUCGAACAUCUUUGGCAGAUAUCAACACAAUUUUUCCCUAUAUUUAAGGGCCACGAUUAAUUUAACAAUCAUUCUGGUUCCUGUUUAGAACUCAGAGUUAGCCUUCUCUUAGAUGAAUGGCCGUCCAAGAUGUUUAUGCUUGUCUUGGCUUUGGGGAUUGUACUCUUAGACGAUCAGCUUUUUGGAUUGAGUCAGUUGAGACCGCUCGGCCAAGCAGCAUCACAUGUACUGAAACAAAGCAUUUGAUUGUUGACUGUUGAUUGCCGAUUGUUGAUCACAUGAUCCAAAGUGAUGAAGUCUCUAAAAUUAAUUUGGAAAUUAAAAAAAAAACAAAAAAAAAAAACUGGUGAAAAGGUGUGACGUCACAUGGUGUUCUAUUUCUGUUAGAACAUUGUUUGCAGUCUCGCUGAAGAAUAAUUUACCAGGGAUUGCAGGUAAAUCGUAUAUCUGCGGUCAGAGAAAUGUACGCAGAUAGGGAGUUCAAGUUUAAAGUGGCAUUUUUCUAUUACACCGGUUCUUAACCUUCGUAAUGCCGCGACCCUUUAAUACAGUUCUUCACGUCGUGUUGACCUCCAACCAUAACACAUAUUUUCGCUGCUACUUCAUAAAUAUAUGUUUUCCGAUGUUCUUAGGCGAAAUCUGUGUAAGGGUCGUUCGACCCUUAGAGGGAUUGCGACCAACAGGUUGAGAACCGCUGUUCCAUUACAACAAAAAAAAACAACAAAAAAACUGCUUUUCUGAUUUUUAUCUGGCUUCAAAUUGUUCUCAAGCCAAAUCAUUUUGUGGGUCAAAAAGAGAGAGAAAAUAAUUGUGGCGGGACAAUUGUAAACAAAAGUGACACUGAAGGCAAGUGUGUUACUUAAAUGGAUGUGUGACAAAGAAAUCAGCGCUAUGAGAAGCGAUAUGAGAAGCGAUAUGAGAAGCGAUAUGAGAAGCGAUACGAGAAGCGAUAGGACAAGCGAUAUGAGAAGCGAUAUGAGAAGCGAUAUGAGAAGCGAUAUGAGAAGAUAUCAAAAUCACCAAGCUUCAGACUAUUGAAUAAUUUAUUUCUAAUUGUUGUACUUAGUUACCACAGUGACACACAUCUUUGUUACCAUGGUGACGAAAAAUAAAUAAGUCGCUUUGCCUCUUCUGUGAUAUAUUGACACAUUUUUACAACAUCGUAAAUGUUCUUUGACAACAUGGUUAAUGCACACAUAAAACUUUAUAGCUUCAUUUUCAACAUAAUUAAUUUAUUAAUGUCAAUGUAUAAAAUCAUCAAUAUUCGCAUACAACAUGAUCAGUGCUCAUGUAUGACAUUACAAAUGUUCAUGCAAAAUCAAAUGUUCAUAUGUUUAUUUGUUUACAUGUUCAUUGGUUUAUAAUUUCAUAUGUUCAUAUGUUUAUAUGUUAACAUGUUCAUAAGUUGAUAAUUUCAUAUGUUCAUAUGUUUACAUGUUCAUAUGUUGAUAAUUUCAUAUGCUCAUAUGUUUAUUUGACAGAGACUAAUUAAAAGUCUGCCAUCAUUUUGUGCAUUUAUUUCAUGUACGUAAAUCUAUAUAAUGAGAUGAGUCUCUUGAAGGGUUUGGGUAGGAACCCUGGAGGAGAGUCUUUUUGUCGGAGGUUGGAGCAUGGCCUGUAAAAUUUCUUACUGCUCCGAGCUCCCAAAAUUUUGUUGGCCCCACUCUUCGGCGAGUUAUGUCGCCCAACUGUUCUACUUGCUAUGUUGCCCCACUCUUUUACAAUUAUGUUGCCUAACUCUUCUACCUGUUAUGUUAUGUUGCCCCCACGAGAUCACUCCGCUAUAUUGCCCCACUCUAUUACAAAUAUUUUGCCCAACUCUUCUACAUGUUAUGUUGCCCCCCACCAAAUCACCCCACUAUGUUGCCCCACUCUUCUACCUGUUAUGUUGCCCCCCAAUAAAUCACCCCUCUAUGUUGCCCCACUCUUUAAACAGCUACGUAGCCCCCAGUUUCUACCAGCUAUGUUGCCACACAUUUCUGUACCAGGUAUGUUCCCCAACUCGUCUCCAUAUAUAUGGCUCGUACAUGUGUUUCUCUUGCAUAGUUCAUAGGAUGGGUUUGUGACAAUAAUAAACAAUUUUUUUAAUAAAACACUUAGCAUCCCCACAACCACCCCUCAACCCCUUUUCAAUUUUGCCGUUGCUCAGAGCGGAGUGGAGAUGACAUACAUUUGUCCGUAGUGGAGUUGACAUAAAUUUGUCCGGAGUGGAGUUAGAUCUAAUAUAAAUUUCUCCGAAGUGGAGUUGACAUAAAUUUUUUUCGGAGUGGAGUUGACAUAAAUGUGUCCGUUGUGGAGUUGACAUAAAUUUGUCCGUAGUGGAGUUGACAUAAAUUUGUCCGGAGUGGAGUUGACAUAAAUUUGUCUGGAGUGGAGUUGACAUAAAUUUGUCCAGAGUGGAGUUGACAUAAAUUUGUCCGGAGUGGAGUAGACAUAAAUUUGUCCAGAGUGGAUUUGACAUAAAUUUGUCCGGAGUGGAGUUGACAUAAAUUUGUCCGGACCAGAGCUCGACCCAAAAGUGCUGCUUCAAAUCCCUGGGAUUCUUGUCUUAUUCAAUAAUCCAACUAGACAUAGAGCGCGAUUAAACCAAUGGAGAAAAGACUAGACAAUACGGAACUGCCCUAUUUAAAUGGACGGUUAGUAGUUUUUUUAAAAAUUUAUUGUUGUUAUUUAAGUUGCAAUAAAAUAUUAUUACAUUA